UGCUGAUCCGUUAUUACCGAGUGUGACUCUAUUCCGGUGUCGCGCCGACCGUUUUGAAGUGGGGUUAUUUUCUAAUAACUUCUACGAUAACUUUAACUCAUUUUCUACGCGAUGGCUAUAGAUGCUUGUAAUAGUGGGACCUUAUUGCUGCCAUUUCUCGACGAAUCUGGGUGGAAUCAAAAAUUAAGGGCGUUUGUAUACCUGAUAGCGCUGUUAUGGUGUUUCAUGGGAAUCGCCAUUGUCGCCGAUGUCUUCAUGUGCGCGAUUGAAACGAUUACAAGCAAAACGAAAGAGGUCAAGGUACCGAAACAAGACAAUCCAAGCGAAAUGGACGUCGUGGAGAUUCGAGUAUGGAAUGACACCGUCGCUAACCUAACGUUGAUGGCUUUAGGGUCAUCAGCGCCGGAGAUUUUACUAGCUAUUAUAGAAAUAGUUAUUCUGAAUAAAUUCGAGGCAGGUAAACUUGGGCCGAGCACGAUUGUUGGCUCGGCAGCGUUCAAUCUUCUCGUGAUCACUGGAGUUUGUGUGAUGAGUAUUCCUACCCAUGAACAGCGUAGGAUCAAAGCUAUCAAAGUGUUUGCAGUGACAGCUAGCUUCUCAAUGUUAGCUUACAUCUGGUUGUAUUUAGCGCUCAGUGCAAUUACGCCCGACGUAAUCGACCUUUGGGAGGCAAUACUCACAUUUCUACUAUUCCCGAUUCUGGUUGUAGUGGCUUACAUUGCCGACAAGGAGUAUUGUUGCCCUGGGAAAGUCCAACCUCAAGAUCCAGGAGUCCUCGAAUUGGGUAAGUACUACUUAACUUUACUUAACAAGCUGAAAUGUUCUCCUUGUUAUUUUAAUACAGGGAUAAAAUUUCAGGAUUACGCAAAAUUUCGAUUGCUUUGUUUACCUUAAUUUUGAACUGGACGAUUUCUCUUUUCAACACUAACCCCAUUCGCAUUGAAAUUGUAAUUUUUUUAAUUCGUGAAGGAAAUCAGAAAUGUGUCUUGAGUUAAUGUUGUUAGUUUGCCUAGAGAACCAUGUUGCUAAGUGUUUUGUCGAAAAAUACACUGGUUGUUGAGGAUAAUCUGCAAUUAUCUGUUCCGUGCACAUUUGAAUAAAAAGUGUAAUUUUCGGUUAUAAAGAAUAAUUAUUCAUUCCCACCUUACGUUUAAAACAAGUAGCAAUAUGUUUUUUCUAAUGAAGUUUCAGUUGCGAUUUCAUUUCACGUCAAAAAAGGAGAAGAAAUUGCUAGAAAUUUAAAUGUGCUAAGAUCUGUUGCUAGCGCACGAAAACCAUUAAUUUGUUCAGCUGUCAUACUCAGAGUUACCUCAACGUCAAAUAGGGAUUAUUUACAUAUUAGAAGCAGCUCUUUGCAGGAGACCGUUAAUUUUUGCAACCGAAUACCAAAAUAAAACUUUUCACCAAUUACAAAAAAUAUAUAUAUAUAUAUAUAUAUAUAUAUAUAUAUAUAUUAUUGCCUUUGCAUUAUAAAUUAUCAGAACAUAGGCAAUUUACGUUAUAGGGCUCUAUUUAAAGGUAAAGUGUCAAUGACUAAAAUUAAUUGGAAAAAUUGAGAAUUGUUCGCAUGCAGGUGCUGUAACUCUAUGCAAAUCCACUGUCUAGUUUGACAUGACAAGGGAUAUUUUUUUUGUAAACAGGAAAUAUGGAUACAGCCAUUAACAGUGUGUUUCAAAGAUCUGAAAAGUUGACAUAAAAUGAUUUUGUUACAAUUUUUGAAAUUUGUCUCAAAGGGAUAACUAUGGGAUUUGGUUUCCCCACAUGAGAUUUUGAACAAGAACACUCAUUAACCAGUUGACAAUCAGGAUUGUUAUCUAACUAAUUAACAGGAUCACAAAAUGUGUUACCCACAUAAUUUGCAUCAUUGGAACUAUCUGGUGGUUCUACAGUUUUUAAAAUUGGUUUGCUUGUUACCUGUCAGUUUACUGUUUUCACCAAUUUAUCAAAUGCCAAUUUCAUUUUGACAAUGAAAGUGCAGUUUGACAUACUUGCAUAUUUACAAGUCAAGGGAAAAAAUAAGAUAUUAAAAACAUUUUGUAUAUACAUACUGUCUGUACAAGUUUGCUUUUACAAAUUUUUAUUCAUUAUGAUUAUUUCUAUGUUGACUAUGCCAUGAGGAUUUGGUUGUUGUAUUUUGGGUGGUUGUACUUUGUGCUUGGUAAUUUUUUUGGGAUCUUAACUGGUGGAGGACAAACCAAUUGACUUUGUACAUGUAAGGUACAUUUACAGAGUUUGAGUGGGAUGUCUGUUACAAAAAAAGAAGAAUCUGUUGAAUGUCACAUGGAGCUGGAGCAAAGAGCAGCAGAUUCUAAAGUUUUAUGUGCUCUGAAACACUCCAUUAGGCUGCAUCUGCUUAAAAUGCAAAUGAUUCACAGCAGGUUCUACUGUCUUCAGUUAUUUUGUUUUUCAAAUUCAGUGUCCAGAGGGAUUGAAAGGGUAUGGAUAUUUACCGUUUCAUUCUUUUCAUCUCAGACAAUACACAUAGCAGUACUGCAGAGUAAGGCUCUGUUCAUAAUAAUAGGGCCUGUGAAACCAGACUGCCUGUAGCUUCCCUAAUGGCUAGGGAAAAAAAUUAAUUUCUCAAGAAAAAAGUUUGUAUGUGUCUGAACCUAUACGAACAGGUAUAAAAAAAUAUGCUCUUUUUCAUCAAUUCUGCUUUAGAGAAGGAAGGAAAAAAAUUAAUGUAACUGGUGGAUGGGGGAACUCUUUUAAAGUGUUAUAUUUUUUGAAAUGUAGCUAACACUGUAUUUGUGUAUUUGCCUUAUACAGCUGAGGGUGCUAAAACACUGUCCACCCCUACACAUGAUCCAGAGGUUGAAAGUUUUAUCAAGGUAACUUUCUUUUCAACAGUUUUUUGGUGUGCCAUUGAGAGUUAUUAGGAAAAAUAUUUUUACUUUUGUACUUUAGGAAGUGAGCAGGAAUCCCGAUCUGUCAGAGGAUGAUGCAGCAAUGCUUGUUGCCGCACAUAUUAAAUCAAGGCAACCAAAGAACUACGGGUACUACCGAGUGAGUGCCAUUAGGGAUCUGGGAGGCAGUCAUAAACUGAGACCAAAGAUGGACCCCAAACUUAGAGUGGUACGUAGCUAAGCUUUUUACGGAUAGAGCCUGUCACGAUUCCUCUCAACAGAUGUCAACAACUAACGAUAAAAUGCAAAGGAUUUAUUCAGAAUAUGAACACAGAAAAUUAAUCUAAUCUAGAGAAGCUUGUGAAUAUUUUCUAAUCCAAACUUUAUAAUAAGAUAUAUUUUUUAUUGUUAUAACAGAUUUACGAAGAAUUGUCGGAGGUUGGUUUUUCUUCAUCUGGAGCUACUGCCAUCAUGAGUCAUGCCUUAGGUGAGUACAAGAAAGCCUAUCCGAAGGACCAACCCUGAAAUCUCCUACGAGGGAGCAAUCUCCCAUGGGGGAGCAAGAUCCCCAUGCCUUAUGGGCCAUUUUCCCCCCUCAGUCUAAUCUUAUUUCAUUGAUUGCAGCUGGUAAAGUACAACCUGCUCGUGUGGAGUUUGCUGCUCCGGAAUUUGCUGUCCUAGAGAGCGACAAAAUUGUCAAGAUUGGUGUGAAAAGAUCUGGAAACACGAAAAUUACAGCCAGUGUAAAGUAAGAACGUUUAACCCUUACACGUUAAAAAAUUCCUAGAUUACGAGCAAGGAGCGUUUGCUGUGCAAAUUUAUACUUCUUCAAUUGGCCUAAGAGAAACGUGGUUUGAAGCCCAAAUCGAAAACUGGAACAAAUUGAUGUAGUUUUGCAAAAAAUCUCCAGAAGCAUUGCUCGUCCUUAGGGUUCAGUUGUUCGAAGGCUGAUUAGCGCUCGCUCAAGGUUAAUUCUUAUUCCGGAUUCCUUAAUUCCUUUGUUCAAAAGCCUUUUUUAGAUAAUUUUUUGUUUUUCUUCUAGGGCAUCCAUUCAUCAAAUUGUAGCCAAAGAAAUUGUACUGAAUUUUCUUUUAAAGCUUUCAGGUCUGAAAUCAGAUUUCACAAUUACCCUGGGUUAUUUUAACCCAAUUACGAACAAACCGGCCCCGGGGUACAACUUGCAAUAUUGAGUUACUCACAUCCCGAAACUUGGAUGACUAAAUCAAGCUGAUAUGUUGACUCUCAAAUUUUGCGCUCUUUUGUCAGUGAAAUGUGCUCAAGUAUUAAGAAACGAAUAUAUAUUGUUACUUUUUCCCACAGCUAUGAGACUAUAAACGGCACAGCCAUGGCUGGAUCUGACUACGAAGCCAAAAGAGACGUGCUUGUCUUCCAACCCGGUGAAAACUUGAAACAUAUCAACAUUACUAUCAUCGAUGACAACGAAUGGGAAGAGAACGAAGUUUUCUUCUUGAAAUUGGCCAGAUUUGACUACAAGGACGACACUGUUGAGAUAGGAGAACAAAGCAUUACUGAAGUCACUAUUAUAAAUGAUGACGGUGAGUUGGGUCUAGAGUAAGUUAAAACGCGAAUUAGCUACAGAUGUGUUCAUCGAAAAAUGAAACACGCUAUUUGCGCUCUGCAACAUCAGCUAGCAAAACACAUUAUGGCAAGUUUUUUUUUUAGACUCAAUUUCCUACACAGCUCAUGUAGAAUGCGCUGAUAUUCUUUUCGUUUGAUUUUCAGAACCCGGAACCUUUUCACUGGAGAAUCCAAGCUUUGUAAUUAAAGAGAGUAUUGGUAAAGCUUACAUCAAAGUCAACCGCACCCAGGGUACAGACGGGAGGGUGGAGGUCACUUGGAAAACCACGGAUCAAACGGCAGUAAACGGCAAAGAUUACCAUGGAGGGUCUGGCACAUUGGUCUUUGAACACGGCGAACAAGCAAAAUCAAUUGCAAUAGACAUUAUCGAUGAUAAAGACUUUGAGAAAGACGAAACGUUUCUUGUAGAACUCAUCAAAACCUCAGCAGGAGCAGAGAUAGGUCAUAUUCGAAGCGCUGCGGUCAAUAUUGUGAAUGAUGACGGUAAGCAAUAAUAGACUUUCUUGUUAUGCUUUCUGAUAGUUUGAUAGAUAUUUGUAAAAUUGGAGCUUUAAUUUGCAUUAAAAAUUUGCACGCUAUAAUUAUCAUUACUAGUGUUUUUAUCGUGAUUGUUAAUCAUCACCAUUCUACAGUUCUAAGAUUGAGAGCUACACUAACGAACAAAGCGUCAAUACGACGAUUCUGUUAAUAAAAUCUGGAUUUGGACAAAGGCACAAACAGCCAGCCACGAUUAUUCACCCAUAAUUCGCUUAUAUUAUUUCAACAACUUCGUUAAAAUUUAUCAUGUUUGUUUAUACUUUUUCGUUAGCUCUUACCUAUUUGUGGACAGCUAUAAACAAAAAAACUAGACGUUGAGAUCGGCCGAGAUACAUCACGUAAUCUUUUAAAAGCUUUUGGCGCCGGCAUACCAUUUUUAGCUGUUGAAUUUUACGUGACAAAGUUGUUAUUUUUUUGUGUUCUCCAGAGUAUCGCAGAUUAUUUGACCGAGUUGUUGCACUCACUCAUAUAAAUCUCCGCCGUUUGGAGCUGGGGUCCGAGUCCUGGGCGUCGCAAUUCCGUGAGGCGAUGUCAGUAAAUGGCGGAGAUGUGGAAAAUGCCACUGCCAUCGAUUACGUCAUGCACUUCUUCACCUUUGCUUGGAAGGUGCGAUAGACUUUUAACAAAUCUAUUUUAUGCGUACAGUAUUACUGUUUUCCUUUACCUGUUUAUUGGUCUUAUUUCUAGGUGGCUUUUUCUGUGCUUACAGUGUCCAACUGUAAGUGAGUAGUCGGAAAAUGCGUGUGAUGCGUUAAUUUCCAACAUGUAAUUUUCUUUCUCAUUUUCGGCAGGUUAUCUUCGCCAUAAUUCCCCCUUGUACUUGGCUUGGUGGUUGGGUGACAUUUUGUGUUGCUCUAAUGAUGAUCGGCCUAGUCACCACCAUAGUUGGAGACUUAGCCACCAUAUUUGGAUGUCUAAUCGGACUAAAAGAUGAAGCGACCGCCAUCUUGUUUGUGGCUCUCGGCACCAGUCUCCCAGACUUGUUUGCUAGCAAAACUGCGGCGGUGAAUGAGAAGUACGCGGAUGCGUCUGUAGGAAAUGUCACCGGUAGCAACUCUGUGAAUGUUUUCUUGGGACUGGGAUUGCCGUGGGUGAUUGCUGCGAGUUACCAUAUGGCUAAGGUAAGAAGGAUAUCACUAUCUUGAACUAAAAGGUCGAAUUUUAAGCUUCGAGUACGUAUAGAAUGCGGUAAAGAACUUAAAGAGAGAGAUUGAAACAUUGGCCCGCUAGAAUCGUUCAAGUGGUCAUUUACAGUCCGUGUCAAUCUCCAAGCACAAUAGUACUCCUUUUAAUGGGAAAUUGCGAGUCACCGCCGAGACCAAAAGUAAUAUAUAUGGUCGAUUCAGAUAACGAAAAAACCUUGUUUGAACUGCAACAAAAGCCCUUUGUUUCGAUUUAGGGCUUUUAACUAGUUGUGGAUAUUUUCGUAUUUUUAGCAGCAUUACAGUACAUAUCACGCACAAAUUAAUCUCAUUUUUAUACGAAUGGUUGGGUGCUGGCCUCUCUUUGAAAGAGAGGCCAAAGUUGAUUCGGAAAUCGCGUAUUCUGUGCGCAAGUGUCAUUGAGUAAAAUACUCAAACAGCGAAUAGCGUUGAAGGCACGCUCUGGUUGGCCACUCAAACUCCGGAUAUCCUUUUCUAUUCGACUUUGAGCAACUCGUGUGGGAUUUGCGCACGAAAAUGUAUUAAUCGUUGCAGGAACAAAUGAAUUAAAAUCAUCUUUUUGAAUGUUAUUAUCUCACUGUGUUAGUACAUAAUAAAAUACUCCAUGUCAAUGUUUGUGAACGUAAGUCUGUGAGAUAAUUUUCAUAGCCAAGUGAUUAUUUGCCUAAGGAUGUCUCUUUGUCGUUUUUUUUGUUAAUUGUAGGGCACAGUGUUCGAAGUGAAGGCAGGGACAUUAUCCACAAGUGUUAUCACAUACAGUUGUUGCGCGGUCUUGUGUUUUGUGCUCCUUUUGGUACGAAGAUAUUCAAAAUUUAUGGGCCGCGCUGAGCUUGGAGGGCCAAAUGUUACCAAAUACGUAUCUGGGGUCUUCUUAAUAUUUUUAUGGUUCGUUUACGUUUUAAUUUCUUGCCUCGUUAUUUAUGAGAUAAUCACAUUUUAA